ACAACUGUGAGUGAACGAAACUGUAAAUAACAACAAAAAUUUCAAGCAAAACGUUUAAAUUUCGAAAUUGAAAAGGGCAUUGGGUGGUAGAUUAUUACGAUUGUGUAAGCAGCUAUAUCGUAUCAGAAAAUAACCAAUUUUUACACGAACAUGAUUAUGCUUAAAUAUCCAAUGCACAGUUAUGGUGUUUUCCAAUGAUUUUACGCGAGCAGUGAUAAUGCUUAAGCCUAAGCCUACACAAUAAAAAUGAUUCAUGUUUAAUUGGAUAUAAUGAAGCUAAAUCGAGAAUGGGCGUUACGUAGUUAAUGUUAAAUCAUGACUGAACACGCCGGUGUCGAAGGGUGCUUUCCAAAGGUGGUAACAUCCUGGAACACCUUUCUUUCGACCCUUAAUGCAGGUCAUCGAAUUCACCCUUUGGACCAAACUCCACCGACCGAUUGUUUUAUAAGAAAAUCUGUUAUUUUAUCUCAGCCUGUACUAUAUGAUUCGACAAAUUCAAAAAGGUGCUCUCUGUCUGAGGAAUAUUGGUUUAGCAAAUGGAACAGACCAUUUAAAAUCGGAAAUUGCGACUGCUCGUUUAGAAGAUCAAUGAGAUAUUCGAUUAUCUCUAAUCAGCCUUCGGUACGAGCAGAAAACUCCAGGAAAACUGUUUCUUGUACCGAACAGCCGCCUAUAAAGAUAACGAAUUUGACUACGUUCGUUGAACGCCUCAUUCAAGAGACAUUUUUAGAGGCUUUUCAUGAAUAUUACAUGCUACAAACUAAAUCCGAAGGAAUAAAGGGCACCGGUCAAGUAAACUUAGGAUAUGAAAUAACAGACGAAGAAAAUGAAGUGAUAACCAUUCGUAAAAAGCUGAAGAGCAACGAGAAGGCAGCUAGUUUUAGGACUGAUAUUAGAAGAGCUUCUCCAAAGAAAAGUUGUGUGCACAAAAAGAAUCAGAAGCCCCUUAUAAUGCUGUUUCAUGGCAUUGGAACCUCAGCAGAUAUAUGGACUUUAGUAAUAAACGCUCUCUCUUCCCGGGGCUACGAAGUAGUCGCCCCAGACAUGCUGGGGCAUGGAUUUAGUUCAGCGCCAAUGAAACCUAGCUAUUACACGUUCAAUAAUCUACUUCUCCAGGCACUUACCAUUUUCGAUCACUACAUGGCAGACAGUAAAAGAAAAUGUGUACUGAUUGGACAUUCGUAUGGUUGUAGCCUUAUUACCGCAUUGUUUCCACAUAGAGUCCAACAAAUCAGGCAAUUGAUUUUAAUAAGCAGUGGCGGGCCUACGCCUUUGGCACCUCCUGUUAAGGACAAUGAAAUCUCCCCGUUCGGCUGUAUUUACACACUGUUGAAUCCUUUACUAUACUGCGGCGUAAAAAGGAGCCUUUUCUUCUCAAUCAGAGGCAAGCAUUUCAAAACGUGCGAUGAAGAAAACGGUCUGCCCAGGCACGUUAUUGAUAAUAUAGCUAAUGGCCAAAAAUGGUUGCAAGGCGAUACUGCUUUCCACAGGCGUAUUACUGCGCCCACUCUUUUGAUCCACGGUUUGCAAGACAAGCACGUUACUUUGGUCCAAGAAUGUGAAAUGGAAAGAACGAUACCUAGAGCAUUUUUGGAAUUGAUACCCAAUUCUGGCCACUUGCCCAUGGUGGAGACGCCGGAACGCCUUAUUCAUAUGAUUACUUGUUUCUUAGACAUGUGGACUUGAUGGUUAAUAUCUAAAUUUGCGGACGUGCCACUAAUUUGAACUAUUUGUGAACAGAGCAAGAGCAAAAUAUCUCAGGGUAAACGCACAAAAGACCAUGACAUUUUGUAAUCAAAAUUAGUAAUAGGUACUUUGUUAGUUGACAUUCCGAUGAUGAAUUAAUACUUCAUUGUACAGUAGCCUAUAAAAUAUACUACAGAAUCUCUAGUUUUGAUAUGUAAUUUGUUAAAAGUAAUUAAUGUACAGAGGUAUGGAUUCAAUUUCAAAUCUAGUUUUGAUAUUACAGUAUAUACUUUAGCACAGUAUUGUUAAACCAGUAGACAAUUUUAUUAUUAAUUAGAAAAACUAUAUUUAUUUUUAAUAGUUCUAUGUAUUAAAAAACCUGCACUGUUUUAGGUAUACACUAAGAUUACUUUAUGAUGCAAAGUAUUCAAGGUAAACUUCUAAUUAUUAAUAACUUAUUUAUGUGUUUACACGAUCACUUGACUUUAAUAAAUG